UCAUCAUCAUCAAAGACUGCUGAAGUGGAUUUGCCCCUUCAUGAAAUUGGGUUUGAGCUUCAAGACUUAACACCACAAAGGGUCUCUGGCCAUCUCAAAAUUACCCCUAAGUGCUGCCAGCCAUUCAAGGUGUUACAUGGAGGAGUGUCAGCAUUGAUAGCAGAGGCAUUGGCAAGCAUAGGAGCUCACAUGGCUUCUGGUUAUCAAAGAGUGGCAGGAAUUCAGCUUAGUAUCAACCAUUUGAAACGUGCUGAUCUUGGUGACUUGAUCUUUGCUGAAGCCACCCCUGUUGUCAUUGGUAAAACCAUUCAGCUUCAUUUCCUUGCAAUAACAUGUGGCCACAAUGGUGGCAUCACCAUCUACUUUUUGUACUUAUAGUAGAUAAGCAGAUUCAAUCAAUCAAAAGAAGAAACGUACAAGUGUACAACUAUACAAAUACAAGGCUAAGGUUAAGUGAGCAAGUGGCCAACAUUAAAGAACUAAAGAUUUUUUAUUUGGUUGAUUUUUGACUUCUCAACUGCUGAAGCAUUCAUAAUUAAGAAGCCUUAAUCAGUAGCUUAAUGUCUCCCCUUUAACUUACUUCAUUCCCAUGUGUCAUUAUUAUUACUAUAAGUAUAGAUGAAAUAUUAUAUAAGGAAAGUGUCUUAAAAAGUUAAAAUGGAUGCCUUUGAUGAGUUUUACCCUAUUAAGUUCUGAAUUAUGGUAAUGCUAGUGGAAUACAUAUGGAGUACUAACUUAGAUAGGCAUGGCCUAUUAUUGGCAUUAAAAUAAUAAAUUGACAUGUAUAAGGUAUUAUUGGCCAUAUAAGAUGUAUCUAACAUAAAAGGUAUUUUUAAUAUCAGAUUUUGUUGUUUGUAUCACUAUUCACUACAUCAAGAAAAACUAUGAGUAUG